GGGGCUCAGAAGGUUUCUUCCUGCUUGCCAGCAGAGCUAGAGAGGACUGAAGUACGUAUUUACUGUAGUCGGGAAGUCACUGUGCUGAGCUGAGUGCAACUUGGAAUCUUUUCUCUUGAAAUCACCAUCACAAAGACGAAGUACUAUUAAGGCUAAGCUAUGGGUUCAAGGCUGGCCAUUACCUGGUUCUCCCUUAGCUCUCUGGUUGUCAUCUGGGACGCCCUGUUUGUGUUUUUGCGCCCGCGGUCUUUGCCAGGGGGAGACCUGCACUUCUUGUUCAAGCCGUAUGGUCUCUACAUCACAGUGGAUACAAACUAUGGGGACAUGGAGCAUUCAUUCACCAUUUGUCAAAGCUGGAUGAAUGUGGCUGAAGUGUGCCUGCAGCUGUACACUGUAGUACUGUUGCUGAAGGGCCAAAAAAGUGCCUCCUUUUGGGCCUUUUUGGUGAGUUCUCUCACUCUAUGGAAGACCCUCAUCUACAUGCUCCAGUACACUUCCCUCUGCAAUGGAAGCCAUCUUGUCCAACACCUUGACUGGUCUACGUUCCUGUGUCUGUUCAUCGUACCCAAUGGAGUCUGGAUUGUUGUGCCAUCAAUUUUCUUGUUUUCUUAUGGAGCUGAAAUUCUAAACAUUGUGGCUACUCACAAGGAGAAGAAGCGCUAGACAUUAACUGUUAGCAAACUCCUCUUAUGAAAAACUGAUUUAAAACUAUAUAAAUAUACAAGGUUACCAUAUAUGGUCGUCGUUUUCUUUUUAAAUUUAUAAUUAUUGCUGGCAUUAAUUAAGUUUGCCAAUGAGAAUUAAAAACAUUAUGUAUAAAAAUCUACAUUAUUCAAUAAAAAUUGAUGCUUAAGAA